UUUCUUCAACAUUUCUCAUUCACCUUCUCAUUCUCAUUCUUCAUUCAUGUUCCGCGGUGCUUCCUUUUUCCUGCUCCUCAACUGGGUCUUUGUCGUCGUCUGGUUCGGCUCCUCCUUUGAAUCCACAGCUGCCACUAUCGUCGUCCUUGCGACAAAUGAUAGUUUUGUCGACAGAACAGCGGCCUUCGGACCACGAAUCCCAGGACAAGGGUUUGUGCUCAACCUGAUUGCCGUCGAGACGCUUGAUCCUACCCAGGAAACAACCGCCUGUCGCCCAGUUUCUGACGUGUCCAUCGCUGGGUCCUGGGCCGCCUUGGUCGAACGUGGAGGCGACUGCAGCUUUGUAGAGAAGGUCCGCAACAUGCAGGCCAGUGGGGCCAGGGCUGUUAUUGUUGGCGACAACCAGCGCAGUGGACUCAUUACGAUGUAUGCGCGAGAAGACACCUCAGAUGUCCUGAUCCCAUCUGUCUUCAUCGCCCAGCACCACUACCGGGAGCUGCGAUACCUUGGCAUAGGGUUCGGAUGGGACUUUCUGAUCAAAAUGACGCCCGAUGAUCUGGACUGGCCGCUGCUGGACGUAAUCAUCUUCAUCGUCCUCUCCCCCGCGUUCGUGCUCUUCUUCCUCUACUUCCUAUGGCGUGUCCGUAUUCGCCAACAACACGUUGCAGAUCUGGCGCCAACCGAGACCGUGACAAACUUACCCAUCAAAAUCUUCUAUGCUUCAAAGCUCAAGGAGAACGACCCUGUUGAGUGCGUGAUCUGUCUGGACGACUUUGAGGACGAGGCCGAGCUACGCGUCCUGCCCUGUCGACACGAGUACCAUGUCGCAUGUAUCGAUAGUUGGCUUACGACGCGCAAGAAAUUUUGUCCGAUUUGCAAACGGGAUAUCUGCACAUCUACGGAAUCAACGCCUCUGCUUUCCAACAACGCGUCAUCGUCAUCCUCAUCCUCACCAACUGCCACCAAUAUCCCGCGACGAGCACUACCAUCCAGCAGGGCGAAUCCUCAGACCAGCGCUGCUCUAGCGAAUCUGUCCCUUCUCGCGCCUCCUCCUCCUCCUCCUUCAACUACAUCCUCUUCAUCGUCCUCUUCAUCAUCCUCUUCAGGGCCCUCUUCGUCUUCAGCUAGACCCUUUCUCAGUAGCAUCGUGGCAUCCACAUGGCCACCUGAGAACCAUCGAUCCAGUACGGGUCGAUACGAUGGACCAUCCACUUCUGAGAAUGCAGCGACUGUUGCAAGAAAUCCAGGGUCAUCAGUACAACCACAAGUACAAACAGUUCCAGGAAUACAACGGCAGUAGCCGGACCAUGCCAUGGAGUAGGAGCGUUUUUUUUUUUUUCGGAGGGCUUGAUGUAGCCGGAGAUAUGGAAGAUUAAGAAGAGAGAUGUUGUUCUAGGCGCAUUCCACUUCGUAUAGACAAUAAAUCAGUGCUAUUGGCAUCUUGUUAGCAAUACGCGAUGGAGCCAGGACAGAUGGAGAAAAAGAGAAUGGAUAAAGCUCAGCUUUUGAAUUUCCCUUGUUUCUUGACCGCAUAGCACAAGAUCUCUUCGCGCACGAGGAAU